UGGUGAAAUCAUGUGUUUAAACUUUUCGUAAAGUGCUGAACUACCAAUGUACUCACAACAGGUUUCAGAACAGGUAAAUUGACUUUUUCCUUAAAUUCCCUCAUGAAGCUGAAUCUUCUUCUUCUCGUGUGUCUGACUGAAAUCAUCCAGUUGAACCUAUCACGAGGGGGAGUCUCUCGUGUGAAACUCAUCAAGCAGAGCUUGACCUGGUCAGAUGCUAUAAGCUACUGCAGGCAGAAUUAUUAUGACCUGGCUACAGUGAAGACCUACAGCAGCUUGGUAAAGCUCGGGGGAACAGCUGCACUUGAAGGUAUAACAGAACCUAUCUGGAUUGGACUGUAUAAUGAUGUUAACACAUGGAGGUUUUCUUAUAAUGACGUUCUCUUGAGUGACAUAACUCUAAGGAAGUGGGAAACAGGGGAACCUGAUAACUGGCUAGCAAUGGAAGCAUGUGCAUCAGUGGGUUCAGGAGGAACCUGGAAGGAUGGUACAUGCACAGAAUUAAAACCUUUUAUAUGCUACAAUGGUUUGUUAAGUGGAACUGACAGAUUUGUUGGAAUCCCUUUUCCUUACUUGCCAUGGACUGCUGCUCAGAUUUUCUGCCGAACGUUUCACACAGAUUUGGCCUCUUCAAUGGAUGAAACCGAAAACAGCAUCUUAGCUCAGAUAGCAUCAUUCCAGGGUCGUUCUUGGUUUGGUCUGUACAGGGACACUUGGAAGUGGGUGGAUGACACCAAAGCUUCAUUGCUGACAUGGUACCCUGGACAGCCCGAUAAUUAUUAUGGUGAUGAGGCCUGUGGGAGUAUUUGGAAUGGACUACUCAAUGAAGAAAGAUGCUCGAAUCUACACUACUUCUUUUGCCAUGUCUUUCCACCAGUAAAGAUACAAAUAGUGAAGCUGCAGUUGUGGUCUGAUCAGAGCGUGUUUGAUCCAGCUGUGCAGUCGUCCAUUUUGGCCAUGCUCAGCCAGAAGCUGGAGGAACACGGCAUGUGGCAGAACAUCACAAUAAGAUGGAGAGCCGACUCAGAUGGAAACAUCUUUAAGAAGAUCCCACCGACCCAUUAGACACAGCCAAUCAGGUCUGUGUUUGUACCCUGUAGGUUGGGAGCACAGCUGAGAACUAAUAAUCAGCUUCAAACAAACACUUUCUGUAAUUUAAUGUUAGUCUUUGAGUCUCUGUGGAGGAAGUUUAACUCCUUUAUUCUUUACAGAUCAUCAGAAUAGAAACACUGCAGGUUUUGCAUUGUAAUACUACGUUUAGUUUAUUCAUUUAAAAUAAUUUAUUGUAAUAGGCUAUAUAAAAUAGGGGAAUACAUUUAUACACUACUGUAUGACCUUGCUUUUAAAUUGUAAUGAACUUACUUUGGUUGCAUUAAUUUAAGUGCAAUAUUAUGCUUUCUAUAUAGUUUUGAUUUUGCAGUUAACGUAAAACUUUACACUUGUAAGAGGCGUGUAUUUAACAGCAGUCAGCAACUGUUCUUUUUUUACUGUAGACUGUAAAAGACACUUCAUUACCCCCCAUUAUUGUCAUCGUGUGGUAAAUAUUGUACCCGUUGGAUUCUCAUUCUACCCACAAGCUUUUUGAUUUUCAAUAAAAUGAAUGUAAGUAAC